AUGAUAUUCAAUAGCAAAUACCCAGAACUUGAGAAAAUAGGAGAAACAAUCGAUUUGAAGUCCCUUGGGUCCAGCACUUUCGGGCUCAUGAAACAGAACAGAAAGGGAAACUUUAUGUUUGAUGAGAAAUAUCCAUUGUUAAAGUUCGGGCAGUUUGCUGAAGUUAGAGACUCGUCUGCUAAAAGCUCCUCCGAGUUUAUAGAAACUGAAGAUGAUAGUGAUUACACUGCAGAGGGUGAUGAUGAUGAUGAUGAUGAUGAUGAUGAUGAUAAGGGUUUUGAUGAUGAUGAUACGAUUUUUGGUAGUGCAAUGUUUGGUUUCGAUAAUGGCACGAUUUAUGAUUUUGAAAAGAUCAAUAAUGAUUACUGCCCAAAUCUUGAGGAGCUCCACUCCUUCUUUGAUAAUGUCGAUGAAGUUGCACAACCGGAAAUAGAGACAGGGGGAGUUGAUGAAGUUUAA